AUGUCCAGUUCUAACUGUUGCUUCUUGACCUGCAUACAGAUUUCUCAGGAGGCAGGUCAGGUCGUCUGCUAUUCCCAUCUCUUAAAGGGUUUUCCACAGUUUGUUGUGAUCCACAUAGUCAAAGACUUUGGUACAGUCAAUAAAAGAGAAGUUUUUCUGAAACUAUCUUGCUUCGUCAAUGAUCCAAUGGAUGUUGGCAACUUGAUCUCUGGUUCCUCUGCCUUUUCUAAGUCCAGCCUGAAUAUCUGGAAGUUCACAGCUCACAUACUGUUGAAGCCUGAAUUGCAGAAUUUUGAGCAUUACUUUGCUAGUGUGUGA